AAAAUGAGUUGACGGGAUAAAGAUGUUAGGAUGAAAGUGGGGGUGUAGGGUGGGGUAUGGGAGAUAGGGUGGGUUAUUUAAUAUUAAAACUUUGUAUAUGAGAAAUAAAUAAUGAUAGGAAUAAGAAAAACGAUUCAUUUUAAUUCGACCGAUGACCAAAACCGAAAUAAAACCAAACUAUAUGGAUCGUCUGAAUGAAAAAUAAAAUAAAAACGAAACUUGCAAUUUACCUAAACUAUAGGGGCGAGUUAUAUAAUUUACUCUUACAUUAUGUAAAUUGUAACAAGCUAGCAAGCAUAUUAUGCAUGAACAAAAAAUCCUCCGUACCUCAGGUCUACGGAACAAAGAGGAUGAUUCUCUCACAUGUCAUUUGCAUUUUCAUCAAAUAAGCGAAUCAACAGGAACUGAAAUCAAUUAUAUGUAAUCCUAAAAUCCAUUCUUCAAUUUGCAAAAUGGAUUCUCAAUCAAGUUCUCCACAUGUACUCAUAUUCCCCUUUCCGGUCCAAGGCCAUGUUAGUUGUAUGCUCAAACUUGCAGAGCUCCUCUGUCUCUCCGGUCUCUCUGUCACCUUCCUCAACUCCGACAUCAUCCACCGCCGCCUCCUCCGGUACACCGACGUCAUCUCACGUUUUUCCCGGUACCCCGGUUUCAGAUUUGAGACUAUUUCAGAUGGGCUUCCGCCUGAUCACCCUCGUUCCGGUAAUAGAGUUGUGGAUAUCUUCGAUUCCAUAAAAAUGGUAACUAAACCCAUGUUUAGAGAAAUGCUUCUCCCUGGUGGUUGCUUGAAUUCUGGUAAACGGCCUCCUGUUUCAAGUAUUAUUGCUGAUGGGAUUAUGUGUUUCACCAUUGACGUCGCUAAAGAGAUGGGGAUUCCCAUUUAUCUUUUCCGUACGGUUAGUGCUAGUUGUUUUUGGGCUUUUUACUGCAUUCCGAAGCUCAUAGAAUCCGGCGACCUUCCGAUCAAAGAAGACGAUGAAAUGGAUAGGCUUCUACUUGGUGUCACAGGGAUGGAAAAGUACCUUCGGCUUCGUGACCUACCAAGUUUUUGUCGUGCAAACGACCUAUCAGAUAGAGCUUUCCAAGUUGUCACAACUGAGACACAAGAGACCUAUCGAGCAAACGGACUCAUUCUCAAUACCUUUGAUGAUUUGGAAGAAUCUGCCUUAGCUCAAAUCCGCAAGCACAUUCCUAACCUAUACUCGAUCGGACCUCUUCAUGCCAACUUAAAAUCCCGAUUGGAAGCAAAAUUGACAUCACCACCUAGAUCAUCAAAUAGUCUAUGGGAGGAAGACCGAACUUGUAUGACAUGGUUAGACGAGCAAGCUCAAAAGUCGGUUAUAUAUGUUAGUUUUGGAAGUAUGACCAUGUUGAGUAGAAAUGAACUCAUUGAGCUUUGGUAUGGGCUUGUGAAUUCUAGAAAGAAAUUUUUGUGGGUUGUUCGGCCCAAUUCCGUGGCAGGAGAUGGCCAAAACAUUCCGGCCCAAUUACUAGAGGGUACGUUGGAAAGAGGGUAUAUGGUGAGAUGGGCCCCACAAGAGGAGGUCCUAGCUCAUCCCGCAGUUGGCGGAUUUUUAACACACAGCGGAUGGAACUCAACGUUGGAAAGCAUAGUGGCUGCAGUCCCGAUGAUAUGUUGGCCUUACUAUGCGGACCAACAAGUUAAUAGUAGAUUAGUAGGAGAAGUGUUGAAGUUAGGGUUUGACAUGAAAGACAUUUGUGAUAGGGUUGUUGUUGAGAAAUUUAUUAAGGAUUUGAUGGACACAAAGAGAGAUGAGUUAACAAGACCGGUUGAACGAAUGAUGAAAAUGGCUCGAAGAUCGGUUGCUAAAGAUGGGACUUCUUAUAGUAAUUUGAAUCGAUUGAUUGAGGAUAUAAAAAACUCGAAGGAAAAAAGAUGAAUAUGUAGUGUGAAUUAAUAUAAUUCAUUUUGUUUCUAGA